AUGGACGCGAUUGACCUCUCCGACGCGUCCAAGGCGCUUGACCUGGCCAACAUCCGCUUCCAGCUCAUUCGGCUCGAGGACACAAUCACCUUCCAUCUGAUCGAGCGCGUGCAGUUCCCCCUCAACCGGACCAUCUACGUCCCCGGCGGCGUCGACAUUGGCGAGCCCGAGACCAGCCUGUUCGACUGGAUGCUCCGCGAGCAGGAGCGCCUGCAGUCCCUCGUUCGCCGCUACCAGUCGCCCGACGAAUACCCCUUCUUCCCAGAGGUCCUCCAGGAGCCCAUCCUCAAGCCCCUCAACUACCCGCAGAUCCUGCACCCGAAUAAUGUCAACGUCAACGCCCAGCUGAAGGACUGCUACAUCAAGCACAUCCUGCCCGCCGCAUGUCUGCAGACAGACCGCGAGGACAGGGGAGAGUCGCAGGAGAACUACGGGUCCUCUGCCACCUGCGAUGUCAUGACCAUCCAGUCCCUGUCACGGCGCAUACACUUUGGCAAGUUCGUUGCCGAGGCCAAGUUCCAGCAGGAGACGGAGCGCUUCGUCAAGUUGAUCAAGGACGAAGACAGGAAAGGUAUCGACGAGGCCAUCACAAACGCUGCGGUAGAGAAGAAGGUGCUGGAGAGACUGAGGUUAAAGGCCAAGACGUACGGCACAGACCCGGACCUGGGCGCGAAUGGCUCGUCCAAGGUGAAUGCAGACGCGGUCGUUGGCAUGUACAAGGAUUGGGUCAUUCCCCUGACAAAGGAGGUGGAAGUGGAAUAUCUCAUGCAACGACUAAAAGGCACACAAUGGGAAUAG